AUGAACAAGAUACACAACUGUUAUUUACUAAUUUAUAAUUUCGAUCACAAGAUAAACAUUAAUUGCUAUUACAUUAAAUGUAAUUAUUCUAUUUACAAGGAGAAUAUUAAUUAUUAUUUAAAUAGUAAUAAGGUAAACAAUCCUUAAAAACAGUUGAGUAAUAACAAUUAUAACAUGGAAAUAAACAUUUCUAAUAAACUGGGGAAUUCAAUUUAAAAUAACCUAUUGAACAUUAAUUACAAACCUAAACUCCAUUAAUUAUUGAACAAUUCUCAGAACAUUCUUCUCCACAUGCUUAACAUUUACUCUCUUUUAAUGUAAUUAAUUACUUUCUAUUAUUUAUGUUGGAUCUACAAAUAUGCAUCUUUUAUCUUAUUCAUCAAAUCUAUAUCCAACAUUACAACUCAAACAAUGUUUUUUUGA